AUGACGAGGAUGAGCACCCUAUUCUUUCUCCUCGUCGCCGGCGCAGCCGUCCUUCAUGCUGCUGCCGCGCUCGAUGCAACCGUCCCUGACGCCGCUGCUGCUGCCGCGCCCAGUGCAGCGCUUGACGGGAAGUGGAAACCGAUCACCAACAUCACCGACCCGCACGUCCAGGACCUCGGCCGGUGGGCUGUGGUGAAGCACACGUGGGUGUACAACGACGGGCUCAGGUUCAGCAAGGUGGUGAGCGGCGAGAUGCAGAUCGUUGACUUCGGCAUAAACUACCGGCUCGACGUCGACGCGCUGAGGAUGAACGACGCGCACGCCAUGUAUAAGGUGGAAAUGUUCGAGCAGGACUCGCCGACGGUCACCACCCGAAAGCUUGGAUCCUUGGUCCCGGCCAAGUGA